AUGCCGAAAUUAAUUGAUGAACCAUAUAAGCCAAUAUAUUGGGUUGUAUGUGGUUUAAAAAUCAUAUUUCAUUUGACUUUUAUAAUUCUCUGGAUAUAUCAAGCCAUAUAUAAUCCAUUUAAAGAGACAUUUAAUGAUUAUAAUCGAUUAUUAGUUGAAGGAAUAAUUAUGGCAGCUUUAUUCGCACUAUCUAUAAUAUCUUUAACUAUUUUAAUUAGUAGUAAUGAACAAAUUUGGGAUUUAUAUUCUAUAAUGACUGUGUCAUUAUGGGCAAUAUCAGCGCUCACACUAAUUCAGGAUAUUACACUUAUACAAAAGGAUAUUAAUUGCAUUUUUUUUAAAUUAGUAAAGGAAGUUGGUAGUACCGAUUACUUUAAAAAUCUUUUAAUUUCUUUUAUUAUUGGGUUCCUUAAUUUAGCGUAUGAUGUAACUUAUGUGAUCAAAAGAAAAGGAAGAGGAGGAAAUGAGAAUAAUAUUAUUGAUAUGAUUAUUCCCAUAACAUUUGCGAUG